AUGAGAAUUCCAUUCACCAAGCACCGAGUGCCUCUGCUCUUCCUGCUGCUGCUGCCACCCAUGCAGCUUCAAGGGACAUUCUCAAAUUUCUACCUUUUACCAAAUUUUACACAGGAGGAGUUUGAAAAUUAUUUAUAUGAACUCCACGGGACAGGGCCUACAAGACCACCUUCCAAAAGAAAAAUUGAAAAAAUAGUCCUUGCUGAGGAAAACUGGAGACCUUUGGAUGACCCACAGUACUGUAUAGAGCUAAUGAAAGAUAGAAAUGUUCACUAUAAGUUGCGGUGUGUGACCCACCAUUACUUCCUUAGGACGUCAUAUGAGUUGUUGCAACAGACCUGUUAUAGACCCAAUGUGAAAUGUAAGGAAGGAACUGAUGAAUGUAAGAUGACUGAAAGUGUAAUAGAGGGAGUGUUUUGUAAGUUAUUAGAAGGAACUGAUAUGCCAGAGUGUGAGUAUGAAUCUUCUAUCAUACAUGGUAAUGUUGUUAUCACCUGUCAAUGGAUCGAUGAAACUAAAGAAUUUAUUCCUCAUACCAUAAAUAACAUGAUACCACAAAUCUAGCAGAAAAGCAUCAUCCAUUCAGAAAGAUUCCCUCUUCAAAUAUAGUUUUCCCUAAAUAAUUAGAAAAGAGGGAAAUCACCUUCUCCAAACUUCAUCUUACCAAUCAAAAUGAGAAUGUUAAUUUGAUUCUGUUCAUUUUGAUCACUCUCCUCUCUCCCUUUCUGCCUCCAUCCUAUCCAAAGGCACCAAGAGCUGCAUUCACAGAGAGUACAGUUAUGAGCAGCCUCACACAGGUCUCCUCGUUCAGUAUGCUUGAACAUGGCUUGGUGACAAAAGUCCCCAAGGAAAGGAUGGUCAGCACUGCGAUGGGCAGAGAACAAUUGUCUGAGCUGUG